AUGGACAAGGCCGACAUAUCGCACGUUGAACUCGCCGAGACAGGCCACAAACAGCCUACAGGACUGCAUGUUGAGUUAUUCAAAGGAGAUGACGUGGUGCUAAUUCCGACUCCAUCAGCGGAUCCCCGGGAUCCAUUGAACCUCCCCGCUUGGCGCAAAUGGAUUCUCCUGAUCAUAGUGUCUGCAUACAGCUGCACCGCCGUUGUUCUCGCCUCGGGAAUGGGAUCGAUUUUCUCUAUUGUCGAAGCAUCUUAUCCCGGACAGGAAGCGAAAGCUAAUGACUUGAUGACUUAUCCAACGUUGUUCAUGGGGAUCGGGAACCUCAUCUCCAUGCCUUGGGCCUUCACGAUUGGUCGUCGGCCCAUCUUUCUUGCAUCGAUUCUGUUGCUUCUUGCAGGUGGAGUCUGGUGUCAAUGUUCGACGAGUCUGGACAGUCAUAUCGCUGGGCGUAUUAUUAUGAGUAUUGCUGCUGGACAGAGUGAAGCGUUAGCUCCCCUGAUUAUUCAGGAGAUUCAUUUCGUCCACGAACGCGGUCGGAAGAUUGGGUGGUUUAUCUUCAUCCAGAAUAUCGCCGCUGGAGUUUUCUUCGUGAUCUCAACGUACAUGGUCUCGGCUUGGGGCUGGAGAUGGUGGUAUGGUUUCUUCACGAUUAUGAACGCAGUGAUCUUUGUCUUUGCUUUGAUUUUCGUUACGGAAUCUCGGUUUGAGAGGACAGAGGCGCAAAUGCGCGGUGAGGCUCUAAUUCCAAAGACUGUUGUGGAAACUGCCGGAGGAGAGCAAUACAAGCCGCGUUGCUGGCGCGAUGAUCUCAAGCUCUUUGUUUCUAACCCCCGACUUUCUGAUAUUCCAACUUUCUAUAAACACAUCUUCCAAGGCCUAUUUAUCCCGACAACGCUUUGGCUACUUCUUUUGAACGGCGCGAAUCUCGGAACAUAUGUCUUUGAAGCCUCGACCUUUUCCAGUAUCUUGAUGGCUCCUCCAUACAGCUUCAGCUUCAAUGCCCUCGGCUAUGUCCAAGCUGGUCAGAUUGUUUGUUGCCUCGUCUUCCUUCCACUACUCGGCUAUGGAAGUGACAUCGUCAUCCGGGCCUUUAGCCGCAGAAAUAGUGGAAUAUAUAAGCCAGAAUACCGGCUACCAGUCAUCGCAAUCCCGGCAAUCGUCGGCGUCAUCUGUGGUAUCAUAUAUGGACAGGCCGGUGCGCACCCCGAGAGCUGGAGCGUUGCAUCGAUUGUGAUUGGUUACAACGCCAGUUACUUUGCAUUCCUGGGAGCCAACAUUGUUGGCAUCACAUACGCCGUUGACAGCUUCCCAUUCCGUGCGGCACCAUUCUUGGUCGUUAUCUGUGCUGGACGAGGAUUCAUUUCAUUUGGAUUGAGCUAUGCCACUUUGCCUGCUAUUUCUACUCUUGGGUAUGAUGGAACGAUGAUUGUGGAGGAGGUUAUCUGUGUUGUGCUAGCGUUGCUCGCCAUUCCAAUGUUCUUCUUUGGUCCUCGUGUCCGAGAGUAUGUUCAAAGAUGGUGUGAUGGUGAAAAGACCUGUUGA